AUGAAUUUGCGUAGAACUACAAAUCCGGAGCCAUCACAACUCAAGGAAGCAUAUUUUCGUCAGAUCUUCAGAUGCGUCGAAAAAGGCUUCAAGAAAGACGAUAUUGAUGUGGCUAAGCAUAUCUUAAAAAUACGCAACGAACAAAUCAGUAUUCCUUCUUUGAAAAAAACAUUAGAGCAACUUAACAAGCAGGAAGAAACCCUUGAAGAACUAGAGAACGCAUAUCGUUUGAUUCGCGUCGUCGCUAGGAUUAUGGAUUUCGAGGUUGAAAAGGUCAAAAUACGACACCGAAAUCGUAAGCAAGGAAAGUGGUUUGGCUCAGACUUAUUGAAGGUUGAUAGAGAAGAUGAACCAGAUGAAAUUUACCAAGGAGAAAAUGGAAGAACGGGGUAUUCUCGCAACAACUGGGAAUACUUGUCCACUUCUAAACAUGCUUCCAAAUGUCACUAUGUGAACUGCGACCAAAUUUACGAUAUUAUGGUUGCCACUCUCAAGCACAUCAAUGCACCUCCCUCAGAAACGGUCAUGAAUGUCGCAGAGUUUGUGAAUUAUUUCAAAAAAGUAGCUGCGGAAGGAAGAAGUAAAAUUGUAGCGGCAGAGCAAGGAACAAGCGAGACUGUAUCAAACGAAAGACCAGUAUUAGCAGAGAGGAAACCAUUGCUAUCUGAACCUGCUGUUAGAAAGAGAAAAUUGCCGAAAGCCCACGAUCCUAAUCAGUUUAAAAAGGUACCAUAG